GUGGCAUGUUGUAUUGUAUGUAUAAGUAAUUACCGAAGUAAAUUAUGUCACCGAAAUAUGAGUGAAAUAUACCUUCAUGUUUUGAAUGGUCAGUCCUGAGAUUGGUGUGCCACUUGCCGUGCUAGCCAGGAGAGAUUCCCCGCGUCUCCUGCGCCAGCCGCUCAUUCAGGUAAGAAUGAAGGAGUAAAUCAAAGUUCUUGGAAAGCAUGAAUGUGCAUGAGGGAAAGUUUAGCCUUAAAGAGAUAUGACUUCAUGUGUCUGCCAGACAGAAAGCCCGCGCACCCGACCAGCCAACUGCCGCCCGGAAUAGUGUCAACAAUGGGCUGUCUCUAACCUAUCCAUACUUAGAGAUCUCAUAUCCAUGCUGGGCUCAAUUAAACUGCACAUAUAUACAUGUUGCUGUCGGGGGAUGGUCGGGAGCGGACCCCUGAUGAUGUUAGAACGCUGAUCCGCGACCUUCCGUGCGUCAUUUCUCCGCGUCUCACGACGGCGGAAAGUCCACUUCGGUUUUUGUGUGAAGCUCCAAAAAUCUAUGAAAUGUGUUUGCAUGUUCUCUUCGGCAAGCGGGGAUGUGGAGGUGGGAUAGCGAACAGCGAAAGGUUGGAGGAGCCCACGCGCUCGUUUUCGGACAAAGUGCGUUUUAACAACGUCUUGCGGUUCUGCCUCACUGGCGAGCUGGUUUCAGCGGAAUGCUCGAGACUCUUCCUAUGCGGGGAAUCAGUUCGGUUUGGUUCUUUCGCCUCUUUUUUUAAGCUGAAUCUCCGCAGCGGGAGCAAAGCCGGACCGCUCGGACGGAGCUGCCCUCCCCUUGCCUCGCCAGUGUGUUGGUAGGUGCGAGUGAAAGGGCCCGUGUUUGCUAAUAUGCAGAUGUAUUGAAGGGAGGGGGAAUCAUACUUUGUUGAGGACUGUUCAAAGUUGGAAUGACAUCUUCCCGACGACGAAGUUGAGUUGUUGAAAAAAUGAGAGAAUGGCCGAUUCUUUCUCCACCAAGACGGGCUCGCGCAUUCCGAGUGCUGUCACCAUAGCCACGCCGGUCGCAGGCGAGUGAGUGGAGACAAAAGGGAUUUUUGUUUUACUUUCAAAUGUGACGGCGAGUCCGGAGCCGUGGUUUACCGACACACAGUGAUGAGGAUCGGGGUGAGUCUGUAGGGGCUCUUGGCUGAUCACUCGUCUCUGCAGGUAUCACCCCCCCACCCCCACCCCCCCCCCUCCCUCCUCUGUUAUUGUCUCCAAAGAGGCUUCCAGCAGCUCCCUCUCUCCCUCCCUGUUCUUUUAUUUUUUCUGUUUCUUUCUUUUCUUUCUUUCUCUCUCUCUCUUUUUUUUUUUUUGGUUUCUCUCUCCCUCCCUGCCCCCCUCCUUCUCCUGCGCUGGACCAUGUCUGGCAGUGGGGGUUCAGCCCAGGGACCCCAGACCGCAGUGGACCUGCCCCAGAUGACUCCGUCCUCCCCGUCAUCGGUGGUGGAGCGCCGUAACCGCAGCGGCAUCAUCAGUGAGCCCCUCAGCAAAAGCUUGAAACGCUCGCGCACACUUACGUUAUCCUCCGCUAACAGCGCUAACGCUAACAGCCACAGUAGCCAGGCUGGCAAGCCAUCCGUGGACCCCAGCCAGGGCAGGCCGCCUGCGGGCAGCGUGAAACUGGACCGGGGGGCUCUUCUCUCAGGCCUGCUGGACUCUCCCAGUGGCCUGCACCUGGCACAGGCGGCCGAGCUGCUGAGGCGUGCUGGCAUGCUGAUGCCACUGGCGGGCACAGCUGACACCGCCAUGCCCCUGGGUGGAGUCACGGGCAUCACCCCCAGCGACCUGGAGAGUGUGGCCGCGUCUGCGGCGACAGACUCUGUUUUGGGGAGCCUGUCGGACUUUCCGUUGCUAGGCAACGGCUUCCCGCUCCACCCGGGCCUGUUCAUCAUGACGCCGGCCGGAGUGUUCCUGGCCGACGGGACGUUCAUCGGGGGCGGGGCCGGCAUCACCGCCACGGAGCACCACCAGCAGGCCCAGAGUGAGCUGUCGGCCGUCGCCAACGGCAAUGGGAAGAAGAAGCGCAAGCGCUGCGGGAUUUGCGAGCCCUGCAGAAGGAGAGUGAACUGCGAUCAGUGCAGCAGCUGCCGCAACCGCAAGACCGGCCACCAGAUCUGCAAGUUCCGCAAGUGUGAGGAGCUCAAGAAGAAAGCGUCAGGAGGGAUGGAGGUAAUGCUGCCAACUGGGGCGCCGUUCCGAUGGUUCCAGUAGGACUGACCGCCCCAGACCCAAAGAACUGCCAAUCAAACUCCAGGCCAAUGGUGGCGCAAAACUUUGAGGGCCCUGCACACUGGUUGGACAAAACGAAUGAGUAUUCAUGACUGCAAAUGGGGAGGAGUGGAGAGGAGGGACUCUCCUGAACCAAAAAUAAACUUAAAUUCUGAUGGCCUAAAGGCCAUCUAGAACAUUCCUUUUUUCUACGUUCCGUAUUGGAACCAUCGUGAGUUCUCUCCAAAGGUGGAAAAUCAUAUUUGGAGAACCUGGAAUUGUUCACACCCGGAAGAAAAAAAAAGGACAAUCAGUUUUCUUUGAGUUUGGGUUUGUUUGUUGGUUUGUUUGUUUCUGUUUGUGUUUGGUGUUUUUGUUGUCCAGAUGUGGCGAGACGCGUACUUGCAUUAGAGAAUGUAAAUUUAAUGCUCUUUUUCCAAAAAAAAAAAAAAGAAAAGAAAAAAAAGCCGGCUCAUGACUAAUAAGAAACUCUGUUAUACUUUAGCUAUGUUUGUACUGACAGCUUCUUCAUGCUUGGGCUGCCAAUGCUAAAUGGGGCUUCAGUCAGAUUGCACAUCAUUGGGUUGUACCCCACACCAACACACACACACACACACACACACGCCGACAUACACCAACACAUUCCCCCAUGCUCUGACACACAUAUGCAUACAUACACCCAUGAUCCACUUUCACCCCCCCAACACACACACACACACACACACACACACACUAGGGCAGAAGGAUACGCACACUGAGACCGCCUUUUGUUCCUUUAAUGAUCUGAAAUGUGUUCUGGUCCCAGAGUGAGUGUGAGCGUACCCGUAAACAGAAACGAACUUCUAGGAAUUGUGAAAUAGAGACUGAGCAGCCAUGUUGCAUGAGUCAAGUGGAGUUUCUUAUUCUGACUGUGUGUGUGUGUGUGUUUGUGUAUAGAAUGCGUGAGUGUGUCAAUGUGUAUGUGUGGUGUCCGGUGUGUGUCUGUGUGUAUGUGUGUGUCUCUGUGUGUGUGUGUGUGUGUGUGUGUGUGUACGACACAUGUCUUCAUUCCAGUGAAGGUACAGAUGGUAUGUACUAGCUGUUGUGAGAGUGUGUAUUCUGUGUGUCUGUGUGACUUGUGCAUGCAUGUACAGUAUGCAUUUGUUUAUGGGUUGUAUUGGGUGCUUGUGUGUGUGUUGUGUGUGUGUGUGUGUGUGUAUGUUUGGCCUUUAGUGUUUGACUCCAUGUUAAUUAAGGGGCUGCCAUGUGAAUAAUAAACUGGAAUGCAUGUGUCUGAAUCUGAGUGGGGCUGUCAUCCCAAUGCUGUCCUACAAUUUUGGAAUAAAAACAAAAACAGUGUGAACAUUA